ACGGAACAUAGCACGUAGACAUGUCCAGUGAAGACUCCUUGGUCCAGCGUUUCAAGCGCGUGGGCUUGGGCGAGAAAAAGGCCGUGGAAAUCACGAAGAACAAGAAGGUGUGCCAGGCGUUCGUAUCGAUCCUCGACGAGGCCGGCGUGGACUCUUCUGCCGCUGACGAGAAAACGCUCAAUUUGUUGCAGGGCUUGGCGGUGGAAAGCAAGGCGUUCCAGGGCGACGAGGGGCUUGCCAAGAGGCCGUUGGUCACGCGGGCCGUUGUGGACGGGCGGUUGAAAACGCCUUUGCAGCUUUCCGAGGCCGUGAAAUACGUCCUUUCCCAGGGCGCCGGGGCCACGGACGAGGGCAUGUGCCGCGCUGCCGGGGUGGGCGUCGAGUUGACACGUGACGACGUGAAGGCCGAGAUCCUUAGGUAUGUAGAGGCCCACCGAGAGGCCGUGGUGGCCAGGCGGUAUGCCGGAGUGCCUGCUCUUUUGGGCGAGACCAAGAAGUUGGACGGCUUGAAGUGGGCCGCGCCGGGCUUGUUCAAGCCCAUCAUCGACGAGAUUGCCGCGGAGCUUUUCGGGCCCCGGGACGCGCGGGACGUGGUGAAGAAGGAAAAGAAGAAAAAGGCGCCGGCAGUGGCGAAGGACGCCCAGGCCCCGGUUCCCGCCGCGGCCCCGGAGCGGUCCAUGUACACGGAGGGCUUCUUGGGGGACUUGCACCGGCCGGGCGAAAACCCGCAGGCCUACCCCGAGUUGAUGGCGGAGCACUUGGCCUUCACCAAGGGCAAGACGAUGACGAGGUUCCCGCCCGAGCCCAACGGGUUCUUGCACAUCGGCCACUCCAAGGCCAUCAUGGUCAACUUCGGCUACGCGCAGCACCACGGCGGCCACUGCUACUUGCGGUUCGACGACACCAACCCGGAGGCCGAGGAGGCGGUGUAUUUCAACAGCAUCAAGAGCAUGGUGGAGUGGUUGGGCUUUGCGCCCUGGAAAAUCACGUACUCGUCGGACUACUUCGACCGGUUGUACGAGUUGGCGCAGACGUUGAUUGCCGUCGGCAAGGCGUACGUGUGCCACUGCACGGCCGAACAGGUCAAGGCCCAGAGAGGCAUGCGGCCCGACGGCACGCUUGGCGGCGAGCGCUUUGCGUGCGCCCAUCGCGCCAAGCCCGUGGCCCAGAACCGCGAGGAGUUUGAGCAGAUGCGAGACGGCCGCUUCCAGCCGGGCGAGGCCACGCUCCGCAUGAAGCAGGACCUCGAGUCGCCGUCGCCACAGAUGUGGGACUUGGUGGCGUACCGCGUGUUGAACGCGCCGCACCACCGCACCGGCGACAGGUGGCGGAUCUACCCCACGUACGACUUCACGCACUGCUUGGUCGACUCGUUCGAGAACAUCUCACACUCGUUGUGCACGACCGAGUUCCGGCUCUCGCGGGAGAGCUACGAGUGGUUGUGCGACGCGGUGCACGUGUACCGGCCGGCGCAGCGCGAGUACGGCCGGCUCAACAUCACGGGCACGGUCUUGUCGAAGCGCAAGAUCGCCAAGUUGGUGGCCGAGGGCCACGUGCGUGCCUGGGACGACCCCCGCUUGUACACGUUGGAGUCCAUCAAGCGCCGCGGCGUCCCGCCCGGCGCCAUCUUGUCGUUCAUCAACACCUUGGGCGUGACCACGUCCACCACCAACAUCCAGGCCGUGCGCUUCGAGAGCGCCGUGCGGCUGUACUUGGACCUGACCACGCCGCGCUUGAUGCUCGUGUUGGACCCCGUCUUGUGCGAGAUCGACAACGUGCCCGAGGACUUCGAGGAGCCCGUGCACAUGCCGUACAAGCCGGGCGCCGACGCGCAGUUCGGCACGCGCCACUUGCCGUUCUCCAAGCGCUUCUACAUCGACAGAAGCGACUACCGCGACGAGGUCGACAGGGACUACUUCCGCUUGGCGCCGGGCCAGCCCGUCGGGUUGAUGAAGGUGCCGUUCAACGUCAGCGUGAAGAGCGUGGUGCGCGAUGCCGCGGGCCGCGUCGAGAAGCUCGUGGUCAGCUACGACAGGGACGUGAAGAAGAAGCCCAAGACGUACAUCCAGUGGGUGGGCGAGAGGAACUGCAAGCCGGUCAAGGAGGUGCGCAUCUACAACCAGUUGUUCAACAGCGAGAACCCCGCGGCCCACCCCGACGGGUACUUGAAGGACAUCAACGAGGACUCCGAGGAGGUGGUGCGCACCGCGGUGGUGGAGGCCGCGGGCUUUGACGAGAUCGAGGCCAAGUCUCCGUUGAACGUGGGCAUCGAGGGCUCCGAGUUCAACAUCCAGGAGAAGAAGGGGCCGGAGACCGUGCGGUUCCAGGCUUUGAGAAUCGGGUACUUCUGCAUGGACAAGGAUAGCAACGGCGCCGUGGUCUUGAACCGCAUCGUCACGUUGAAGGAGGACUCCGCGAAGAACUAGGCCCGGGGCGUGCCGCCCGUCUUUGCAUGCGGCGUCCCCCUGCCGACGGCACACUCUGGUUCCGUGGGGAAGACCGGUUCUCGGCAGGUCACGACACAUGCGAGGCGUGGCGCCGCUGCCUGGGCGCCACCGCAAGCACCAUGGAAAUGGUAUAUAGUAGUGUAAUACAGGACUUCCCAGGCUCUGCCUGUGUUGGCGAUUCCUCGACCCACCAUGGAAAGCCACCGAAGAAUAGAAACCCGCGCAGAGUCACAGAGCCGUGGCGUGCAAUAAAGAACCGAUCCAUAUAGAGAACCGAGCCAUAUAAGGAACCGGACCAUA